GGAACGACCUAUUUUGCCCCCCCUGCCUUUGCCUUAUCCUCCAGCAACUCGUGUAGAAAAAAUUGUUGAAAAACUUAUAUCAAAACCUAAGCUGGCAAGAUUUCCAAAUGCUUUUAUUAUGUAUAGAAAUGAAUAUGUUCAAUUUUUAAAAGCUAGUGGCCUUAAUUUUCCUAUGACUGAAUUAUCCCCAAUGAUCUCUUAUUCUUGGAAACAAGAACCUCCUUGUGUAAAAGAUGCUUAUACUCAAAUUUCAAGUGAAGCUGAAAGGUUAUAUGUACAAACAAUCGCAAUGCCAAAAGAUUCCAGCAACCAAAGUCAAGGUUGUGAUUUACUAUCUUUACCCGAAAAUGAUCAAGAUGUAGAUAAUUCCCGUUCUGAUAAUGAUUCUAAUUUCCAAAAUGAAAAUCAAUAUCAUGAUGGACAAGAUGAUAAUGAUAAUACAUUAAAAUUAUCGAAUACAACAUUAGUGAAUACAACAUUAGCGAAUACAUUAGCAAAUACAACACUAGCGAAUACACCAUUAGCGAAGCAAGGUCAACAAGUACUUUUUGAUGGACAACAUUUUGAUUGGACAAGCAUGAAUGAAUCUUGUUUACCACCCCUCUCUCCUUCACGCCGUAGUUCUGAAUCGUCUGAUUUAUCAUCUUGUGAUAUGAUUCAUUUAAUGAACGUACCAAAUUCUUUAUCAUCCAUUCAAGAAACCUCACCUACCAUACAAUACGUUAAUCCAAUAUUUCCUGAAAAUAUAACUUUACCAAUAUUUGAAAACCUUCAUGGGCAGUUUGAUGACCAGUCAUUCUUUACACCACCUUUUGAUACAGACUCUCUUUCUAGUCAAUAUGAUUCUAGUCAAUAUGAUUCUAGUCAAUAUGAUUCUAACCCACAAACUCCCGGAUCACCUUUUUCUUCUUCGUCGAUUAACGAUAAUCAACAUGAACUUUCGGAAAUUACAAUUGAUAUAUUUUCUGCGAUUGAUUGCGCUCUAUCGUUCAAACAUCAUGCGAAUAAUGAUUUUUAA